AGUUCCCUGACAGCUCCUGACACACUGAUCGGGACAGAAGAGUUUAUCUGUCCCGAUCAGAGGUGUUCCCUGCAGUAUACACCCCCGCCCCCUAAACACACACAGCACACUGUUAACCCUUUGAUCACCCCAGAUGUUAACCCCUUCCUGCCCACUGUAAUUUGUACAGAGUCAGCGCUUUUUAUUAGCACUGAUUACUGUAUUAGUGUCGCUGGGGAUGUCAGUGGCAGUUAACCAGUUCCCCCCAGUGUCGGAAUGCCCACUGCAGUCCCGCUAUAAGUCGCUGA